ACAGCAUUCUUCCCGUGCCCACGUGCAGCCCGUGGCUGGACUGCAAAACAGGUAUCCAUGGCCGACGAACAGCUCAAGCCCAACGGCCAGAGCCGCCCCAGCAACGUCAAGCACCACACCUCACCGUCUCUCAUGAUGAACUCGCACUUUGCAGGCGUGGGCGACAAUGCCGACAAGCAGUCCUACGAGCAUGGCAUCCAGGUCAUUGACGAGGACAAGAUGUUCAACGGAAAUCUGUCGUCGUACCUCAGUGUUGAGAAAGUCAUCCCCGCUGGCUUCAACUACCACCUCAUUUCUGUCUUUGGCUCGCAAUCCACGGGCAAGUCUACGCUCCUCAACCACCUCUUCGGCACCCAAUUUGGCGUCAUGUCGGAGCAGGAGCGUCGCCAAACCACAAAGGGAAUCUGGAUGAGCAAGAACAAGCGUGAGGAGGGCGGCUCGAGCAUGGCCGAGAACAUUCUCGUCAUGGACGUCGAGGGUACCGACGGCAGAGAGCGAGGCGAGGACCAGGACUUUGAGCGCAAGAGUGCUCUUUUCGCCCUGGCCACGAGCGAGGUCCUCAUCGUCAACAUCUGGGAACACCAAGUCGGACUGUACCAGGGCGCCAACAUGGGCCUGCUCAAGACCGUUUUUGAAGUCAACUUGCAGCUCUUUGUCAAGGACAGCCAAUCCACUCCAAAGUCUCUCCUAUUCUUCGUCAUCCGCGACCACAUCGGCACCACACCUCUCAAGAACCUACAAAAUACCCUAAUACAAGACCUGUCCAAACUGUGGUCGACCAUUUCGAAACCCAACGGUCUCGAGAGCUCGCGGAUAGAAGACUACUUUGACUUUGCCUUUGUUGCAUUGCCACACAAGAUUUUGCAGCCGGAAAAGUUUGACGAGGCAGUCACGCAGCUCAGCGCAAGGUUUAAAGAAGGGUACAGUGACCCAAGAAAGAGUGGGCUCAUUGACGAAUCAACCGCACCUAUUUUCCUACCUCAGUACCAUCGCCGGAUACCUGCCGAUGGAUUUUCUACCUAUGCAGAGGGCGUCUGGGAUCAGAUUGUGCACAACAAGGACUUGGAUCUGCCAACGCAGCAAGAGCUCCUAGCCCAGUUCCGAUGUGAUGAAAUUUCGAGAGAGGUGCUCGUUGCCUUUGACGAGAAGAUCACGCCCCUAGAAGACAAGCAGGCCGAAGCUGCUCGAGCAGGGACAUUCUCUGUCAUCCCUGACCUUGGAUCCGUCAUGAACGCAGCGCGAACAAAGGUCCUCAAGGACUUCGAUACCAAUGCCAGCCGAUACCACAAGGGCGUCUACAAGCGAAAGCAGGCAGAGCUUGAGGCCAAGGUUGAUACCCGCUUGAAGGCAUUGUUCCAAAAGCAGCUCAUGUCUGCUCACAAAGCUGGCGUGGAGAACUUUACCGAAGCCGUUAGUGCUGCAGUAAAGAGCGGCCAGAAGAAAGGAGGUUCAUAUGACUUUGCUCAGAUUGUCGAUUCAGAAAAGAAGAAGGCACUCUCCCAAUUUGAGGAGGAUGCAAAGGCAAUGGCUAUUGAGGGCGCCAGCUGGAGUAGCUACGAGAAUGAACUGAAGAACUACAAGAAGGAGCUGGACGAUGUCUCUGGCCGUCUCCGCAAGGAAGAGAUGAGACGCCUAGCCACUCGGAUCGAACGCUGGGUACGCUCACGUUUGGACGAGUCGGUUGGACUAGAGUUCAACAAGCUCGGAUCAGGCCGAGGCGGUUCUGGCGCGCCUGAGAACGGCGACCGACCUCCAUCAGAGAAGGAUCUCUGGGAUCGGGUCUGGACCAUCUUCACGGAAACUGUCUCCAGUGCCGAAAAGCGGUUCACCGACCGAGCUUCCAGCUUCGAUGCUAGUCCCGAGGAGGUGGAAGUCGGUCUGUGGAGAUUACGGCGCAAGUCUUGGGCUGUGCUUCGUGCAAAACUCGACGAGGAAGUCAUGGAGGGCAACAUUCUGUUGAAGCUCCGGGAAAACUUUGAAGACAAGUUCCGCUACGAUGAUCACGGUGUGCCGAGAAUAUGGAGACCCACAGACGACAUUGAGGGUAUCUACACCAAGGCGCGCGAGUCCACAAUCACUGUGAUCCCGCUCCUCGCCCGUUUCAAGCUUGCGGCGACGUCAAAGGCUCCGCCGCUCGAUGUCUGGAUCGGAGAAGCACCAGCUUCUGUAACUCCAGCAGACGAGGACGAUCUGACGCCCAUUGGCGGCGUUGACGAUGAAGAGGGCAAGACGUUGGAAGAAGAAAUGACAAUCUUAUCCGACGCCAAGCAGGCCGAUCUGCUUGUCCGCUUCAAGAAGACCGCAGAUGGGGUCUAUGUUGAAGCCAAGCGUAGUGCGAUUGGCGGCAUCACUCAAGUCCCAUUAUAUUUCUACGGCUUACUCCUUGCGCUGGGUUGGAACGAGAUAGUGGCCGUUCUCCGCAACCCCGUAUACUUCAUCUUUCUCAUCCUACUAGGCAUCGGUGCCUACGUCACCUACACGCUUAACCUAUGGGGUCCCAUGGCACGCAUGGCCAACGCCGCCUCGCAACAGGGUCUGGAGGUCGGCAAGGAAAGGCUCCGUACUUUCCUCGAGAGCUCCGACGCCGGCCGCCAGGCCAUGGCUAUGAGUGGCAGUGCAAACGACUCUAGGAGGUACGAGGAUGUGCGCAUGGAUAGGCUGAACGGUGAUGGAAAGAAGAGCAAGGCCGACGAUGAGGACUUGGACGACAUUUGAAACCGGCGAGGGAGGGGGCUGCACGGGGGUCCGGGAGGAAGUGCGGGCUUGAGUUAUCUUCUUGAUAGAAUAGAAUAGGAUCAGGCUUUCAGGCUAGGGUUGGAGUCGCGCGGCAAGCUAGGCGAAGGAAGGAAUUUGUUGCUGAUUUCCUAGGGGUCCACUGCAAAAAAAAAAGAAAGGCCAAAAAACCAAAAUGGAACUUGGUUCUUGUGCGCUUUGAUUUG